AUGCAGCAAGUUUAUGUGCCUAAGAAGGUUGAGAUUCCUGUCAUUCCCCCACCAAGAGCUAGGCCUCAAUCAGUUAUCACAAUUGGCUCCAUGGAAGCUCCCAUCACUAAUCAUGAUGGGCCGAUUGUAAUCGAAGAAAUUCCGGCAUCUAAGCAAGAUGAAGCUCCUAAAGAUGUUUUUGGAAUUGAAGAGAAGAAACGCGUCGAAGGAGAUUCCAAGUACCGGCAACCCGUAUGGUGUCCUCGUGGGUUGAAUAAAACUCAACGGUGCAAAUUGCAGCGUGCUCGACAUAAGCAAUAG